UUCUUUAAUUUAAAUAAUUGAUUAAUUAACACAUUUCAUUGUGGACUUGCUCACGUGCAGCUCAAGUGAUUUUCUUAACAUAGUGUUCAAGUUGCUGCAUUAAUUAAUAAAAACUCUUGCUUAUUACGUAGCGCUGCGCUGAACAAUGUCGGAAAAGAAACGAACACGUCGCCGUAAAGAUGAAUAUACAGAGCCUGGGCAAACGAAGGAUGAUAAGCCAUCGAAUGAUGAGAAGAAUGUGGCCAAGUGGCUGAAAAAGAAUGUCAAGACCAAGAAAACCAAAUUUCUGAGCCAUGUUGUUGAAUAUUUUACCUCGAGCAAGGCUAUUGAUGGGCUUAUGAAGUCGAAAUUCGCUGAGGGAGACAAAGCGCUGUUCACCACGCGAGAGCAGGCUGUGGAAUUUUUAGAUAUUAUGUUGGAGCAUAAGUUUUUCCACCGCGCCAAGAAGGUGCCUGUAACGCUGGACGAGCUGCGUGGCAAGUCGGAGAAGAAGUCGGAGGCAGGCAAAACGCAGGAGAAGGAUAAAACGGAGGCAGCUGGUGGCAAAGGCAAAGCUGGUGUUACAGACAAAAAGGAUACGGAUCAGGAGGCUGAGGGCGAUAAUCAAGGCAGCAGCGAUAAGAAGGAGAAAAAGAAACGCAAAAUACGCUUGGAUAUGCACCCAGAGCAGAUCUUUGUGGAUGGCUCCGAGGCAUAUGUGUGGAUCUAUGAUCCCAUACCCUUGCACUAUUGGAUCUUUGGAUUUAUAUUGCUGCUGGGUGCAGUGGGCAUUUGCCUGUUCCCACUGUGGCCACCGCUAUUGCGCAAGGGUGUCUAUUAUUUAUCCAUCGCUGCCGCUGGCUUCCUGGUCUUCAUACUAGCCUUGACUGUGGUGCGCUUGAUAGUGUUUACAAUUGUCUGGGGCUUAACUGGUGGAAAACUGCAUUUCUGGAUCUUCCCGAAUCUGACCGAGGAUGUGGGCUUCUUUGCCUCCUUCUGGCCGCUGUAUGAGAGCAAUUAUAACAAUGAAGGAAAUUCUUCCGCAUCUAAAAACGAUAAGAAAAACAAAUUGAAAAAUAAGAAAAAGGACAAGGACAGCGAUGCUGAAGAGGACACUGCCGUUGAUGCGGAUGGAGAUGCUGACGCUGACGUUGAUGCAGAACCUCUGGAGCCAGAGAAAAUUGAGCUUAUCAAGGAACAUGAUGCUGACAUGGAGGUGCGCAAGCGUCGUCAAGUUGGCGCCGAUGACUACGAGGAUGAGGACUUGGACGAGGCAACAAAACCAACAGCUUCAACGGCAGACAAGGAUAUCAAAGCUGGCACGCCGCGUCAUUCGGAAUCGGAUUCGGAAAGCUCCAGCAGAGAUUAUGAGAUAAUUAGUUCAAGUGAAGUGCAAAAUGUCGAUGCUGAACAUAAAUAAAUAAGAAAAACCAUAAUUAAAAUCCAAAACUCAGAACAAUUGAUGCUUGUAUUGUAUUUAAAUGAAAUCACUAACAUAAUUCUUGUAGUUAAUUGAUAAGAUCACAACACACAAUUAAUGUUAAUUCCAAGUGUCGAAUUUUUGUUCGCACACUAAUUGAAUUAUUAUCAUUUCUUCCCAUAUCUCUGUGCGUAUUUAUCCCAAGCACACACACACACACACACACACACAUACAUAUACAGACAUUUAUGCAGAGAUAUGCAUGCC